AUGUGGAUCACCGUCGCUAUAAUUUGUGUCGGCUUGGUGUUGUUUCUGUUUAAAUAUGUGCUCUCCACGCCUGGACCCAACCCGUUUGAUGCGGACACCCGCGAGCCGGUGAGGCCGCUGGUUUCCAAGAAGGAGAAAAAUAAAGUGCUCAAGCAAGGUUUCCUGGUCAACAAAAUACCCGAGCAGCUGGACGCCAUCGUCAUUGGCAGUGGAAUCGGCGGGCUCGGGAUAGCGGUGCUGCUGGCCAAGGUUGGGAAGAGAGUCCUGGUUCUGGAGCAGCAUGAUCGGGCGGGCGGCUGCUGUCACACCUUCACUGAGAAGGGCUUUGAGUUCGAUGUUGGAAUCCACUACAUUGGUGAUCUGCUGGACCACAAGCCCUUCCGCUGCAUGCUGGACCAGAUGACCAACGGGCAGCUUCAGUGGGAGCCUCUGGAGAAUCCCUACGACCAGGUGGUGCUGGGACCUCCCGAAAACCGCCGCGUCUACCCCAUCUACAGCGGCAGGAACCGCUUCCCCGACGAGCUGAAGAAGUGCUUCCCUGGAGAGGAGAAGGCCAUCGACGAGUACAUGAAGCUGGUGAAGAAAGCAGGACGUGGUAUUUGGCUCCUGGCUCUGCUCAAGCUCUGCCCCGUGCCCCUGGCCAAGUUCCUGGUCUACACGGGCCUGGCCAAUCGUCUGUCUUUCUUCUUCAAAAUGGCGUCCCGCAGCCUGACUGAUGUGGUCAAUGAACUGACGCAGAACAAGGACCUCAGGGCCGUCUUCACCUACAUCUUCGGCACCUACGGCAACAUGCCGAAGGAUGCCAGUUUCUCCAUGCACAGUCUGCUGGUCACCCACUACCUGAACGGUGCCUGGUACCCUAAAGGCGGAGCCAGCGAAAUCGCCUACCACAUGAUCCCCAUCAUUGAGAAGGCUGGGGGUGCUGUCUUAGUCCGCGCGCCUGUCAAACAGAUCCUGUUCAACGAUUCCAAGCAAGCCUGUGGUGUGAGCGUUAUGAAAGGCCAGGAGGAAAUCCAUGUGCGUGCCCCUAUGAUCAUCUCUAAUGCCGGCAUCUUCAACACCUACCAGAAGCUGCUGCCCAAAGAUCUCCAGGCCAUGCCAGCUAUCCAGAGGCAGCUGAGUAUGAUGAAGAACGGCGAAGGCGGCUUGAGCAUUUUCCUCGGUCUUGAUGGAACCAAGGAGGAGCUGGGACUCAAAGCAGACAACUACUGGAUCUUCAAGGAGAACAAUUUCGAUGAGCUGGUGGUCAAAUAUCUGGAGGGAAAGCGGGAGGAUUCAGCCAAAAACGUGCCUCUCCUGUUUGUAGCCUCUCCAUCGGCUAAAGACUCCACCUGGGAAGAACGGUCACCAGGCAAAUCCACCCUGAGUCUGGUCAGCUUUGCCAAGUACGAGUGGUUUGAGGAGUGGAAGGACGGCAAAGUGACUAACAGAGGGGCUGACUACAAAGAGCUGAAGCAGGCGUUCAUCGACUCAGUGCUGGAGGUGGUUAUGGAAGUCUUCCCCAAGAUUACCAGGGACAAGAUUGAGUACGUUGACUGUGGAACCCCCAUCACUAAUACAUACUACAUCGGAGCUCCCAAAGGUGAAAUCUACGGCGCCGACCACGGCACCGAGCGGUUCAGCGCUGAGCUCAACGCCACAGUGAGACCUCAGACUCCACUGAAGAACCUCUAUCUGACAGGCCAGGAUGUGUUUGUGUGUGGCUUCGCCGGGGCUCUCGCCGGUGCACUCACCUGCGGCUCGGUCAUCCUCAACCGCAACCUGCACCUGGACGCCAUCGCCUUGGCCAAGAAAACAAAACUUAUGAACGCAAAAGCAAAGGGAGAGUAACUGUGCGGUGGAAGACUGCACUCAGCUAAGUCACCAUUGCAUAAUUAACCAAUACAGGAGGGGAGCUCACACACACCCUGUGUAAGGAGGCUCACAGCACAAAGACAGCCCCUGGACGGCUUUGCUGCUGGAUCUCAUGCAGCAUCCAACUAACCAACAAUUGAACUACUGAUGAACAAAUAAGCUCCUAAUGCUAAACCGAAGAAUGAAAUUGAAUGGUCCAUACUAAGCUAUACUGGAUUUUGUUUUGUAAGCUUUAUUUAUGACCACUGUGAGACAUUACGAUAAUCUACUUGCAGCUAUUUGACAUGUGUAUUCAUCUGCUGAUCAGUAACUACAUCUGGUUCAUACGCUGUUCUGUUGUGUGCGAUUUGGCUCAAAACCGGUCUGUGCACUUCACUCGGUACCUAAACUAUGCAGUGUGUUUUGCUUGUGUUUUUUUUUUUUUUUUUUUUUUUAAACACAGUUUCAGAGGUUUUUCUUCUGUUGUUCCAAGUGCACAAACAAUAAAUUGGUAUCCAGUGCUCUGUGCCACUGUUUUUCAGAACUACAUGGAUUUUUCAUUAUAUCUCUCUCUCUCUCUCUCUCUCUCUCUCUCUCUCUCUCCUCGCUGCAUGCUGUAUUACAUUAUUCAUCAUGUGUUACCUUAUCAACUCCUCAGCUGCUGUACAAUGUGAGGCAGUACGGGUUGUUUUCAAGAGCGAGGGGCGGAGAAAAAAAAUGCAGCUGCUUCUUCCACACCUGACCCAACCUGCCCUGUGUGGACUUUUCACUCACUUCAUUGCAGUGCUGCUUGUCAACUCAUACUUCCAAGUUUGAAAGCUAGAAGACUUUCAGCACACCCAAGUGGUUGAGGUCAGAAAUAAAAAAUGAAGUGGACCCAC